AAUGAAAAUUUAGGCGCGUUCAAGUCGGUAGUCGGUACAGUAGCUAGUCUGUUGUGGUCUGUUGUGAAGCAAUAUAACCUAUAAUUUCUGUGUUUUGCGUUGCAACAGAAAUUAGCAAAUUAUAUACUCAAAAUGUCAUUAUUUAGGAACUAAUGACAUAUUCGCGAUUUUUCACACAUUAUGAAAAUUUGAAAUGCUCAACGAUGGAAGAAGAGCCUGAAGUGAUAGAACACUUUUUUGGAGUAUAUUUACUGUACUGUAUGAAUCCAAAGUACAAGGGAAGAACUUAUAUUGGUUACACCGUAGAUCCAAGACGCAGGAUUAAGCAACAUAAUGCUGGUAAGAAGCACGGUGGAGCUUGGAAAACUAGUAAGAGAGGACCAUGGAACAUGGUCUUGAUUGUUCAUGGAUUUCCCAACAGCACUUCUGCACUUAGAUUCGAAUGGGCUUGGCAACAUCCGCAUGUGAGUAGGCGAUUGAAACACAUUCCCAAGAAGAGGUCAUCGCAGAAGAUGUUUGAUUUCCGUUUGACAAUCUUGUCUGAGAUGUUGAAAAUUGGGCCUUGGUGCCGCCUACCUUUGACAGUGCGAUGGUUGGACUAUGAAUUUUCCAAGAAUUAUUACGGACACAUAUCUCCACCGUUACACAUGCCCAUAUGCUAUGGCAAAGUCACCAGUUGUAAAAUUAAGCAAAUACAAAGAACAAAAGAAGAUAAUAUUCCAUCGCAAGAAUCGCACUUGCUAGGGAAAAACUCACCAAUGUUCUGUUCCCUUUGCGGCUCGAGUACGAUGGAGAAAGAUUCUGUUACUUGUGUAAAACCAAAAUGUCUUUUAAUUGUCCACUUGAUCUGUCUAGCGAAAGAAUUCUGCAAAGAUGGGAUGAUCCUACCGAUCGAAGGCACUUGCCCUGCGUGCAAAUCUAAUGUCCUCUGGGGAGAUCUCAUAAGAAAAAAGAACGGUUGUUAUCAAGAUCUUGGAGAAAUUAAUACCGAUUUUUCCAGUGAUAACGAUGACGUUUAAGUACCAUUUAAUAAGUAACGUCUUACAUAAAUAUCUGUAAAUACGAUUUUUUUUAUUGUCUACCUCAAAUCCAAUCAGAAUUAUUAUACUUUUCAUUAACAUAUUUAUAUUAUAU